GUUCUCGACCACUUUCUCUCAGCUUCUUCGACUCUUGGAAAAGUCCCUUGGCUUGAUCUACCCCGACCGAGUAGCUCGAGCAAACAGUCGACGAGGCGCCGCUGGAUAGCAGCGUUUCUAUUCCACAUUUGUUCAACCGAUCCUACAGUCUCCUCUAAGUGUAAAAAGAAUACGGUGCCUGGUCGUGUUCCAUUGGAACUAUCCACUCGCCCCUUGUAGUUAUUUCUGCUACUGCGGGAUGCUUAUCUGAACGGAACGAUAUGGUUGGAUACGAUAGCCGUUGCCAUCAGCCCGGAUGCCUAUUUCAAUUCCGGCCGAUAUUAAUUGCUGUUGUUACUGUUACGUCGACAAUUACAAGCGCACGAGGUCAGGAAGAUCGGCAGCAGUGUUAUAACACGCAAGCCCUGCCCCAACGGUGUUUGCCGCCGUUUCUUAAUGUGGCGUACAAUCGUGAAGUUACUGCUACAAAUACGUGCGGUGUAAGUGGCCGCCAGCGUUUCUGCAUCCAGAACCCGCACCAAACGGCCUAUCUAGAGUGUGAGAUCUGUGACAAUCAGUAUGAGCGAUAUUCGCACUCGAGCAGAUAUAUCACAGACUUUGCUGGAAUCGAAAAUUCGACUUGGUGGCAGAGCGAGACACUGCAGGAGAACGUCGAUGAUAGGCCGGUUAAUCUGACCAUCGAUUUUCAACGUCCAUACCUUGUGUAUCACCUUAUCCUGCAGUUCCACGCUUCUAGCCCGUACGCAUUUGUUAUCUACAAGAAGUACAAUCGCGAGAGCGAAUGGGAACCAUUCCAAUACUUUUCACACGACUGUAUGAAGGAUUUCAAAAUGGAGGAUAUAUCGAGGCGAAUUUACAGAAGCACUUUGGACAACAAGGCAGUCUGCACUUCGGAAGGCCUUUUCGAUCCCCUUCAAGGAGGUACCGUGGCUUUUCGACCUUUGGACUUGCGUAGCGACACAUACGAAAUCGCUAACGAUAGCACAGUGCUCGCCCGGGAACGGUGGCUAACGGCAGAGCAAAUACGCAUCUCAUUAUUACGAAUUAACACGUUCGGUGAUGAUCUCUUCAAGGCGACAGCAGUACUUCAGUCAUACUUUUAUGCAAUAUCUGAUCUCUCAAUAGGUGCCAGAUGUCAAUGUCACGGUCAUGCUAAAGAGUGUCGUGAUGAUCGCACAGUACCGGGGAAAAAACUGUGCGUGUGUGAGCAUAACACGAUGGGCGAGCAGUGCAAUAUGUGCAAACCCCUUUAUAAUAAUCGGCCCUGGGCAGUGGCUACGACCCAAAAUGCUAAUGAAUGCCAGAGGUGUCUCUGCAAUGGACGCUCCAACAAAUGCGAAUUUGAUAGUGAACUUUACAAGCAAACUGGCAACGGUGGUCGUUGUGUCGACUGUCGGGAUAACACUGCCGGUGUUAACUGUGAAAAAUGCAAAGAUAAUCAUCACCUGAAUGAUCAAGGGAUUUGCGUGCCAUGCAACUGCGACGAAAAAGGCUCAAGACACCUACAGUGUGACAGACAUGGACAGUGCCCCUGCAAAUCUGGUGUUGGAGGAUUAAAAUGUGAUCGCUGCCUUGAGAACCAUUACGCGUUCUCCGAGGACGGCUGCCUACCCUGCGAGUGUCAUCCAGCUGGAAGUAAGGACAGCCCACCUUCGUGCGACGUUCAUACAGGAAAAUGCUCAUGUAAAUUAAAUGUCGAAGGACAGCGCUGUGAUAUAUGUAAACCUGGCUUCUUCAACCUGGAAGAGGAGAAUGACAGAGGCUGUGUUGCUUGUUUCUGCCACGGUCACUCUGCUAUUUGUACAUCAGACACCUCCUACUUUAAAACGACAAUUCAAUCUGAAUUCAAACGAGGUCCGGAGAAAUGGACAGCAGAGGACGAGUAUUCCGAUCCAGUAACAGUCCGUUAUGAGCACACCGACAAAGUUAUCAGCGUCGACGCCAAAGAUCAACGAACUGUGUAUUUCGUGGCGCCCGAAAUGUUCUUGGGCGACCGACGCUUCUCAUAUAAUCGUUAUCUGAGGUUUACUUUACGUAUCAGCGACGAUCUCGCGCGAUAUUCGAGUGCUGACGUGGUGAUUGAUGGGGCUGACAAUCGUCAAAUUCGUGCCCCUAUUAUUGCUAACCACCAGUCGGUCCCAAACAUGAUUAGUCGAGAUUACACGUUCCAGCUGCAUGAAUCAUUCGGUUGGCAACCCCCGAUGUCAGCGGUAGAAUUCAUGAAACUUCUCAAGGAUGUGCGUAGUAUCAAGAUUCGUGGUACCUAUUUCCGAAACGGUAUUGGAUUUUUGGAGAAGGUGUCACUUGAUUCCGCUACCGAUACAACCUCGGAGCUUCACGAUCCGGAGCCGGCGACAUGGGUUGAGACGUGCUCUUGCGGCGAUAGCUACAGCGGGCAGUUUUGCGAACAAUGUCAGCCGGGUUAUCGCAGGGAUCCGAACAACAACGCCAUAGGCGUGUACGCUAAAUGCAUCGCCUGCGAAUGUCAUGGCCAUUCCGACUAUUGCGACAGUGAGACUGGUCGUUGUAUCUGUCAGCAUAAUACGACUGGUACGUAUUGCGAGCGCUGCGAGAAGCGGUUCUACGGCAAUGCUCUGCUUGGCAAAGAAGAUGACUGUACACCAUGUCCUUGUCCUGAGCAGGGUGAAUGCGCCCUCCUUGACGAUGGCUCAGUGACUUGCCUGGCCUGCCCGGAUGGCUACAAGGGCAAAAAGUGUGAACAAUGUGCGGAAGGCUAUUUCGGAGAUCCGCAAGGCCUCUAUGGAAAGAAAACAGAUUGUACGCUUUGUGCCUGCAACGACAACGUCGAUCGGAAUUCAAUCAACUACUGCGAUGCGCGUACCGGCGAGUGCCUCAAGUGUAUCUACAACACAUAUGGUCCAAAUUGCGAAACCUGCAAACCUGGUUACUAUGGUAACGCUACUUCGGAGAAAAAAGGCGAUUGCAAGCGUUGUGACUGCCAUAUUGAUGGCACUGACGACUCGACAGCGAAAGGCGGCCUUCUUGAGUGUCACAUGGAACAUGGUAAUUGCGACUGCAGGCAUUACGUUGUCGGUCGGCAGUGUGACCGCUGUCGCGAAGGCUAUUGGAAUCUGCAGUCACGCAGUGGGUGUGAACCGUGCGGUUGUGACACCAUCGGAUCAAAGAGCACCAACUGCGAUGUCCUCACUGGAAAGUGCCCUUGUAGGCCAGGUGUUACGGGCGACAAAUGCGAGGUCUGCCAAGUUAACCAUUAUGGAUUCUCCGCCGAAGGAUGCAAACCUUGCGACUGUGACCCGGAAGGUUCAUCAUCUCCACAAUGCGAUGCCGAGGGGCAAUGUAUCUGUCGAAAAAAUUUUGUGGGACGAACCUGUAACAUGUGUAAGGAUAACACUUAUAAAGAGCAGGGAAUGUGCAAGGAUUGUGACUAUUGUUACACCCUUGUGCAGGACGCUGUAGAUAAGCAUCGUGUGAAACUCGAAAAAAUUCACAGACUUCUCGAGGACGUCGAGCGGGAACCCAAUCCCGAAAAAAGUCCCGAUUUUGACCAGAAACUUGAGGAGCUACGCCACAAUGCUGAGGAGCUCUGGAAGGAUGCAAGGACCGCAGCUCACUCAGACAGCGAUCUCGUCACAAAACUCCGAGACCUCCUUGCACGCAUCCAAAGAAUCAGACAACGGCUCAACGAGCAAGAUACGAAAGUCGAUGACGCAAUGGCACAGUACCACGUAUUGGUUGCAUACGCGAAGGACCAAAAUGUGUCAGCAUUAAAGAACGAGCAGAUGCUAAACAAGGUCAAUAAUUACUUAGACAACGAUGCCCGUGAGGCCCUCGAAGAGGCGACGAAGAGAAGCCAAAGGGCGUCCGAUCAGUCGACUAAAGUACAGCAGAUUUCAGUAGAAAUACGAGGCUUAGUCGAAAAAGUGAAGGAAGACGUGGAUUCGGCAAUGCAUAAUGCGAUUCAGGCGAAAAACCAAUCGCAAAUAGCACUUACGCUUGCAAAGCAGACUUUAGAUAAUCAUCAACGAGCUACGGAUGCUAUUCAAGGUCUAAAGAAAGAUCAGACCGAUUUGAGGAACAUGAUGGUCCGUGCUGUGCAGAUGGCCAAGAAGACUCAAGAAGAGGCCGCGAAAGCACACGAUAUUGCCCUUAAUGAACUCACCGAAGCUAACAAUACGAUUUUGCCCGAGGAAGGAGAUAUUGAGGGAAUAAGCAGUCGUGCACGCCAUUUACACCUUCAAGCCAGCCAGUUGGCAAAGAGUGCAGAUGAGAUGUACCUAGCCAACAAAGAUUUCUUUGAUAACGCAUACAAAGCUGUAAGUGAGGCUCGACUCAUCGUUGAAGAAGCCCAACGUCAGCAGCAAAUAACUGAUCAUCUGCUUGAUCGAGUCUCGGACGCGGACAGUCGUGCAAAGUCUGCGGUGAAGAGCGGCAACGAAAUCCUCAAUAGCGCCCGAAACACGCUUGACACGCUCAAAAACUUUAAUAGCAUCGUCGCUAAGCAUCGUGACGAGGCUCAGGAGCAUAUAAAGCGAAUUCCACGUAUCGAGGAGAACAUUGGAACUGUGGCUCAGAAAAGUAACGCGGUCAAGGAGUUGAUCAACGAUGCCGAGUUCAAGGCACGACAAUCUAAGGAAACCGCUGAAAAUGCACUUCGCAUUGCUAAGCAGGCCAAGACUGAUAUCAGCGACGUGGCAAAUGACGUACGCGCAGCUCAGACCCGCGCCAACGAACUUGACCACGAGAGCGAUCGCAUCGAUUCGGAGAUGAGGAAUAUGGCGGCACAGCUGGAUGACCUCGAGCGGCAAACCGCCGAAGAGAAUCACAAAGUGGAAGAAGUCACGAUGGGUGUCAGUAACGCCAAAGGCAUUGCCACGGAGACUAUCCACCAGGCCACGACGGCCCUGGAGGAAGUAAAAAGUAUUCUCAGCCAACUCAACUCAAUAGAUUCGUACGAUGAGAAUCGCUUACGCGAACUGGAGCGGAAGUUGACGAAGCUUGAAGAAGACUACGCCCGGGGGCAAAUCGCCGAACGUACAAAAAAGCUACUACAAGAAAAAGAAAGACAAAAUAAGCUAAUGAAGGGCUACGUAGACGACAUGGAGGCACUGAAGGCUGACGUCGCCAACAUCAGGGAUAUUAGGGAGACCCUGCCUGACGGCUGUUUCAACCCACUCAUGAUUGAGGUCCCUUAGUGGAAAAUCACUUGGAAAGAAAA